GUCAACGGCCGAGAGGUCAGAGAGCAGAGGUCAAUCUGCCGGAACGAGGCUUUUCAUUUUUACCUCGUGGCCGCUGAACCAGCGCUUUAAAUUCGGCCAAAAUGGGCCGUUUGAUGCAGAAGAAGUAUGAGAGCGGCGCUGCCACAGCCUACAUCACCCGAAACAGAGCCAUCAACUAUCUCCAGAUCAGCCUGCCAGAUUUCAGACGGCUCUGUAUCCUGAAAGGAGUUUAUCCCAGAGAACCCAAGAACAAGAAGAAGGCCAACAAAGGCUCCACAGCACCCAGGACUUUCUACCUGAUGAAAGAUAUCCAGUAUCUGUCUCAUGAACCUAUCAUCAACAAGUUUAGGGAGUUCAAGGUCUUUGUCAAGAAGUUAAAGAAAGCCUUUGCCAAAGCUGAACAUGGACGAGUACAGACCCUACAGGAGAACAAACCUGUCUACAAACUGGAUCACAUCAUCAAGGAAAGAUAUCCCACAUUUGUUGAUGCACUACGGGACCUGGAUGACUGCCUCUGCCUGGUGUUCCUGUUUGCAACAUUCCCUCAAACCAAAAACAUUCCAGGAGACUUUGUACAAAGAUGUAGACACUUGUCAGUCGAAUUCAUGAAUUUCAUCGUUGCUGCCAGGGCCUUGAAAAAGGUGUUCCUGUCAAUCAAGGGUAUCUACUACCAGGUGGAGAUGCAGGGUCAGGUGGUCACCUGGCUCGUACCGUACAACUUUGGCUUUAAUGCAAAGGCAUGUGCAGAUGUUGAUUUCCGCAUCAUGGCCCACUUUGUGGAAUUCUACAUCACCAUGUUAGGGUUUGUCAACUUCAAACUCUACACAUCACUCGGUCUGCACUACCCCCCAAAGCUUACGUUUGAAGCUAAGGUGAAGGAUGAUGAUGAGAAAAACGCCUACUGUCUGGAGUCCGAGGCUACUGGAGAGAGACUGGCAGCUCUAAGUGCCAGCUUGGUAUCUGUGGUGACACAAAACACAGAGGAAGAUGAAGUAGAAUUGGAUGAGUUUGAGGACAGUAGGACACAGGAGGCCAAACAAGAGGAGGAGAAACAAAAGGCCUUUCAGAAACUGUUCAACGGUCUGAAAGUGUUUGUAUCCAGGGAGGUGCCCAGAGAACCAGUUGUCUUUACAGUAAGGAGUUUUGGUGGUGAGGCAUCAUGGGACAGGUCUGUUGCCAUGGGAGCGACGUUUGAUGAGAGUGACGAGACCAUCACCCAUCAGAUCGUGGACAGACCCAAAUCUGACAGACAGUACCUGUCAAGGUACUAUGUCCAGCCCCAGUGGUUGUUUGACUGUGUGAAUGCCAGGAUGCUGCUGCCUGUUGAAGACUACUUCCCAGGUGUGGUCCUGCCCCCCCACCUCUCACCUUUUGUGGAGUAUAAAGAAGGUGACUAUGUACCACCUGAGAAGGAAGCUCUGUCCAGAAGGCAACAGGGUCUGGAUACUGGAGAUACGGUAUCUGGAGAAGCUGAAGAUUCAGAUGAAGAAGAGGAAGAAGAAGAAGAGAUAGAUGAUGAAGAUGAAGAAGAAGUUGAGGAAGAUGAUGAUGAAGAUGAUGAUGAUGAUGACGGUGAGGAAGAGGAAGAAGAAGAUGAGAAGCAAAUAGUGGAGAAAAGAACACCAAACAAAAGAAAACAGGAUGAAGUCCCCAACACUCCCCCCAGCAGCAUCAAAGUGAAGGCAGGGAAGUUGGACUAUGAGGAUGCCAGUUCCAAGGCCAGUCGGGAGGACUGGGAGGCCAGGAAGCUGGCCAUCAUGAUGAUCCCCAAGAAACGGAAAAGGCUCUUUGAGAAACUCUCCAAGAGGGAAAGGAGGAAGAAACAUGAGGCAAAGAAACUCACAGCCAAGCGAGAGGAGUAUGAAAAGACCCAGAAGGAUAUGAAGAAGAAACAAAAACUCAGCAACAAAUAAGUAUGCUGCUUGUGCCACAAGGCAAGCAACUACAUGUAUGUACAGAUGUAACAGCUUAAACUUAGACAACAAAUGUUGUAAAUUAAACAGUUACUGUAGUCAAGUCUAUUGCACACUGGUGGAAGCAAAGUAAUAGAAGUAUCCCUGUAUGAAUAUUGUGUUGAGAAGCAUUUUGUCUCUUAAUCAAAACUAUUGAUAAUUCUGCAAACAAUUUUAUGUUCAUGAUUUUACAAGUACAAUGUAGUUAUUUUUAGUUGGACAGUUGAUAGUUUAUUGUAAGAGCCAAAUCCAGAUAACCAGAUGAUGAACCAAAAUCUAUCUAACUUUUGUUUCAAAAUCCUGAAGCAUUUUUCCUGAAGCAUUCUAUGACAUACACUGAAUAACUUUGUACAGAUAUUUCAUUAAACCUCCACCUGUCUU